AUGUAUUAUCAUGCAAACCCUUAUCCUGGAACAAUUAUCAAUAAACCAAACGGAUUGAAUGUGUAUGCAGGCGUUCCAAAAGAUUACACUGGAGAGGAUGUAACACCUGAAAACUUCCUGGCUGCUCUCAAAGGAGACAGGCGAGCUGUGAAAAAGAAAAAUCCAAAAGUCAUUACAAGUGGAGGAAAUGACACAAUAUUCAUCUAUCUGGCAGAUCAUGGUGGUUCAGGCAUAUUUACUUUUCCUAACAGCACUCUUCACGCCCAUGAUUUCAUUGAAACAAUCAAGGAAAUGGCAAGAGAUAACAAGUUCUCAAAGAUGGUGAUAUACAUGGAAUCCUGUCAUUCCGGAUCGAUGUUCACCAAACUUCCUAACGACCUUCAUGUGUAUGCUGUGACUGCAGCGAGAGCAGAUGAGAGCAGUUAUGCCUGUUAUUUUGACAUUAAGAGGGAGACCUUUCUCUCUGAUGAAUUCUCAGCUCUUUGGAUGUGCUACAUGGAAGCGAAUGACCUUGAUAAUAAAACAUUCCGGGAUCAGUUUAGUUAUCUUCAGGAAGAGAUGACGAAGUCUCACUCCGGGCGUUUUGGGGACAUGAAAAUGGGUGAACAUCCAAUCAGUGAGUUUGUGAAUAACACCCCUCGAAGAGUUCGGGACGAGACAAGAGCUCAGCGGUUUGCGUUAACUCAUUUGACCUCUAACCAUGAAGUGCCAUUCAAAAUCUUGGAACACCGAAUUAGAACAGAAACUCAUACAGGCAGGAGACAACGUCUGAAAAGAAAACAUGAAGCUCUUCGUCAGGCUAAAGCUCAAAUUGAAGGAACAGUUGAAGCUAUCAGUCAGCAAUUUGGUUUUAAACAUGAUGAUUUGGAUGAAGAUUAUUGUAAGAUGGAUUUACGUGCACUCAAAAGUGUAGCUGAGCAUUUCAAGGCAACCUGUUUUGACUGGGACAAGGAAGAGAGUUUCACACAUUUCCAUAUCGCCUCGUCACACAUGCAUGUAUUUGCUUGUCUUUGUGCACAUGGAGUUGCAGCAGAGAGGAUCAUAGAGGUCAUAACAAAAGUCUCCAGGAAAAGGUGAAGGAAGCUCCAGGAAGGAUAUUAACAACAUCCUUAAGAGCUUAUGAAAUUUUGAUCAAUCUCAUCCUAACAUGUGAAACUAUUGAAAUGUGCUCGUAGAUAAUAACUUUGGUUAAAAGUAGAAAGUGCAAAAAUUGAGUUAUUCACAUAUUCUUAUUCAGUGACAAUUUAUUUACAUUGUGAUGUAUUUUUCUUCAUGCUGUACAUUUUGGGACUUGUUUUAGAAAACAAAAAGCUUCAAACUACAAAGUCAAAUGAAAUGCAAAAACUUUGAAGCUCAACAGGGCCAGACAUUAUGUACUUGUCCGAGUAAAAAAGUUACUUGCCCGGGGUUCUUUUUCCUUUCUUUUUUCUUUGGCGCAAAUGUAAUUUAUUCUAACGCAAUAGUCUCAUCAGUGCUCUAUCAGGUAUUACUUUAAUCAGCAUAUUUGUGAUAUCUGCCUUAAAUUGAUUGCUGUUACACUUUAUGAAGAACAAUAUUUUCCUAAGCUGAUUAAAUGUCACCAUUUACGUCAAAUUCUUAAAUUUGAUCAAUAAAUUAAUUUA